AGUCAGCAGCAGAUAUAUAUGACAAUUGGUUACAAACUUGACUCUCUCAUCCUGCAGAGCAGUGCAGUGCAGAGCAGUAUGGAUGAAAACAGCAGCAGCAGCCCCUCCUCCCCGCUCCUCCCCUUACACGAAAGCUCAACAUCAUCAUCAUCAACCCUGAAAUCCGUUUUGACGGUUAAAAACUUGUUCAUUUUAUCAGGGCCCCUGCUGUGCAGCUUGAUUUGCCUCUUUGUUAAGCUGGAUGGGGGGAACAUGUUGGGGGUGCUUGCAUGGGUCUUCGUCUGGUGGCUCACGGAGGCCGUCCCCAUGCCGAUAACCUCCAUGUCUCCGCUCUUCCUCUUCCCUCUCUUUGGGAUUGCCUCCUCCGACGAUGUCGCACGCUCUUACAUGGAUGACGUCAUCUCCCUUGUCCUCGGAAGUUUUAUACUCGCUCUUGCCGUUGAGCAUUACAACAUUCAUAGAAGACUAGCCUUGAACAUAACACUAGUGUUCUGCGGAGGAGAUCCUGUAAAUCCACAGCUCCUCCUAUUGGGGAUCUGCGGGACGACAGCAUUUGUAAGCAUGUGGAUGCACAACACCCCCACCACCGUGAUGAUGAUGCCGGUGGCCACUGGAAUCCUGCAGCGGCUGCCCUCAGGGGAGGGCUUCUGCAAAGCAGUGGUCCUUGGGGUGAUAUACUCGGCCACGAUAGGAGGAAUGAGCACCCUCACGGGGACUGGUGUCAACCUCAUACUGGUUGGGAUGUGGAAGAGCUACUUUCCAGAAGCCGAUCCCCUGAGCUUCAGUACAUGGUUUUUCUUCGGAUUCCCUAUGGCCUUGUUGCUCUUCUUUGCUUUGUGGGCCAUACUUUGUCUAGCCUACUGCCCAAGAGGAUCUGCUCACACUCUUUCAGCUUAUCUGGAUAGAGCCCACAUCAAGAGGGAGCUUGAUUUACUAGGUCCCAUGGCUUUUGCGGAAAAGAUGGUGUUGGGUGUCUUCUCGGCAUUAAUUGUUUUAUGGAUGACCAGAAGCAUAACUGACGACAUACCUGGAUGGGGAAGCCUGUUUAAUGACCGUGUUGGUGAUGGAACAGUUAGCGUGAUGAUGGCUACCUUACUGUUCAUAAUCCCAAACAAGAAACAACAAGGAGAGAAGCUAAUGGAUUGGAACAAAUGCAAAAAACUACCAUGGAAUAUCGUUUUAUUACUCGGUGCUGGUCUUGCAAUAGCAGAUGGAGUAAGGACAAGCGGUGUAGCAGACGUCUUAGCCAGGACGCUCGACUUUCUGGGGCAGACACCAUACUUGGCCAUUGCACCCACUGUCUGUGUCAUAAGCGGCUUCAUGACGGAGUUAAUUACAUCAAACAACGCCACCACCACCAUCCUUGUUCCGCUACUCAUCCAGAUCGCUAAAAAUAUGAAUGUCCACCCGCUCCUCCUUAUGGUCCCCGGAGCCAUUGGAGCUCAGUUUGCUUUCUUGCUUCCUACUGCAACCCCUUCAAAUGUCAUAGGCUUCACCACAGGUCACAUUGAUGUCAAAGAUAUGCUCAAGACCGGCCUGCCUCUGAAACUUGCUGGGACCCUUGCAUUGGCUAUUCUCAUGCCCACUCUUGGAGCCCUUGUCUUUGUCAGCCUCAAAACUGGACAACACUGAAGCCAAUCCAAUAUCCAUUUUUUCUUAAUACAUAUAUAUAUUCUAAGUGGCCGGCCGGCUGCAUUAUCCUUUUUGUAUUAAUCAUCAUCCAUGUAUAUAUACAGUAUACUGGCUGGCUAGCUAGGAGAUCAUGUAAUCUUAGUCACUCUUAUCUCCCAGCUAUUUUACGUUUAAUAAUACAGUUCAAACAAGCUAGCUAGCCCUUUUAAAAAUGAAAGAUUGACGAUUCAAAUUAA